GCAGCGGCACGCCAAGCAGAGAGCUGCCUGAGGCGGCAGCUGUGGGGUCCAAACCGCGCGGCCGUUGGGCGGCAGGUGGCCCUGGACCGUGGGCAGGGGGCCCGGCAGAGACACAUACAGCUAGACGGCACAGCACUGGAGGAUUUUCUGUAGGAGGCAGUGACGUGCUCCAAGCCGGGAGAAUGGAAUGAAGUUAUUGGUGUGACAGACUCAGUCACCUCAGCUGGUUAGAUAAUCGGGCAGCUAACACGGUGUUCACAGUUGCUGGACUGAAGCAUGAGCCUCCAGCUGCAUGGUCUGGCCCAGUAGCACGUGGUGGGGCUGCAGUGUGUGCCUGCUCAUGGUUUGGGCCCUGCAGUGACCGGAACGGCCUAGGUUUUCACCAUGAUGAAGUUGUUAGUGGCCAAGAUCCUUUGUAUGGUGGGCGUGUUCUUCCUUAUGCUGCUGGGCUCUCUGCUCCCUGUGAAGAUCAUCGAGACGGAUUUUGAGAAGGCCCAUCGCUCGAAAAAGAUCCUCUCUCUCUGCAACACCUUUGGAGGCGGGGUCUUCCUGGCCACUUGCUUCAACGCUCUGCUGCCUGCCGUGAGGGAAAAGCUCCAGAAAGUUCUGAGCCUUGGGCACAUUAGCACCGACUACCCACUGGCGGAAACACUCAUGAUGCUGGGCUUCUUCCUGACGGUCCUCCUGGAGCAGCUGGUGCUGACCUUCCGUAAAGAGAGGCCAUCCUUCAUCGACCUGGAGACCUUCAAUGCUGGCUCAGACGUGGGCAGUGACUCAGAGUACGAGAGCCCCUUCAUGGGGGCUGCACGUGGCCAUGCGCUCUAUGUGGAACCCCAUGGCCAUGGCCACAGCCUGAGCGUGCAGGGCCUGGCGCGCCCCAGCCCUGUGCGCCUGCUCAGCCUGGCUUUUGCCCUGUCAGCCCAUUCGGUCUUUGAAGGCUUGGCCCUGGGCUUGCAGGAGGAGGGCGGGAAGGUUGUGAGUCUGUUCUUAGGUGUGGCUGUCCACGAGACGCUGGUGGCAGUGGCCCUGGGCAUCAGCAUGGCCAGGAGUGCCAUGCCGCUGAGGGAUGCAGCCAAGCUGGCGAUGGCUGUGAGCAUCACAAUCCCCCUGGGUGUGAGUGUGGGCCUAGGCAUAGAGAGCAGCCAGGGCAUGCCCAGCAGUGUGGCCUCUGUGCUGCUACAAGGCCUGGCAGGCGGCACCUUCCUCUUUGUCACCUUUUUUGAGAUCCUGGCCAAGGAGCUAGAGGAGAAGAGUGACCGCCUACUCAAGGUCCUCUUUCUGGUGCUGGGUUAUGCCGCCCUGGCUGGCAUGGUCUUCCUCAAGUGGUGAGUGUCUGUGCUAGUCCUCGCCAUUGCCACUCCACCGGGAGCCCUGGCCAGACCCAGGCCACAUCCGUAAGACAGAGCGAGUGCUGCGCCCCUGCUGCUGCUGCCCGCGCACAGGGACCUUGGACCAGGCUGCAUCCCAGCCCCACACUCCAAGCCUCAGGGCACUGCUCCUUUUUGAAAUACUUAAAAGUAUUUACCAAAGCUGCAUGCCUGUGAACCUUGGGCAAGGGAUCUUGUAACUGGGGGAGGUGGGCCUGGGCUAGGCUGGGUAGCUGUGUACCCCUAGCCUGCAGAUCAGGACAGGGGCAUUUGUGAAGCUGCACCCAGAGCAGGAGCAGCACUGUCCACACUGUGGGAACUGGUUAAGAGGCUCCUAGGCCCACAUCUACCACCUGACCCUGUUACUAAGACCAGACCCCACCACAAACCUCCCCCCAAGUCCUGAGAGCAUCCUGAGGUUUAUUAGAGGUUUGCAUUGCUGCAGUGGGGCACUGCAGGUGGUUUCUGAAGAGAUCUCCCCAACAUGGGAUGCCCAUCCACAGCCAUAUAGCCUGUGCUCUGUCCCUCCUGCUAUGCUAGGGCGUGCCGCAGAACAUAGACUUUUCCUAAACCCUCAGGUGUGCCAUCACCUCUCUUUCUGGUGCAGCCCCCUUGGAAUAGGGAGGAGGCUAGAACCACCACGUCUGGUGAGCAUCUUGGUUUUCUGAGGUACAUGAGCAUAGCCAGGGCUUCUUGCAAUCGGUGCUUUGCUCCAGACAUGCCCAGAGUCUCCUGAGGAAAACAGGUCCCUCUGGCCAUGGGGCUGGGGCCCUGUGGUGCUAUGUGCCACCAAGCACAACACACGGUGAAACCAGUCACUGCCCUAGAGGAUAGAAGAGCAGGAGACAAACAGCUGGGCGUGGGCAAGGGAAGCCCUGGGCUCCAGUUCCGUGGCAACCUCCCCUCAGCCUGGCCUGUUGUCCCAGUAACCUUGGCCAGUGUGUCUUGGGAAAUGAGAGUUGGGUGAGACACCUUCCUUUGGAUUUUGCUCUGCCUGGCUCAAAGUCACCUGUGGUGCAACAGGAGGGAGCCCAGCCUGGCAGCCUGGGCUGAGUGCUCUGGUAGGCUACACCCACCUCAAGUCCCAGCCGCCCAGCUCUGUUAGGGGCUCUUUGUGACCAGCUGUUCCCAUAUCCUCCCUCAUAUGCUCAGCACUGGGCAUUAGGGCCCAGGUACACUCCUUUCUAUAAUCCUGGGUUCCCUUCCUAUGCUCAGAUGACCAUCCCACGGGGGAACCAGACAAGCCCCCCAGCAUGGAGAGGUCCCCAUUUUCCCCAGGGCCUGGGCUCAGCAGGGCCUCCCCUCCAUCACUCCAGCCAGAUGGAGAGUUCCAGGCCCAGCUAAUGACUUACUGAGAGGUUGGCACCCUUGGCUAGCUGGCCUUUUGCAGCCAGCUCAACCUUACCAGGCUCAGGAAAAAAUAACCUUCAAGAUAGCCCUGACCUCUAAGAGUUGUUAGAAGUUUCAGGAAAUAAACCAGAAUUCACUCCCCACCCCCCAGCUCUUGGGGCCCUGAACAUGUGCCCCAGCCUCUCCCCCCUAAACUUCCACUUCAAGGAUCCCUACUGUUGCUAUUGGGAGUAUCAGGUUCAUUUCUAGGAGCUUCUGAAUAUUUUACUGGGAACCCAUCUCUGACCCUCAUGUAGCCUGACCCUGUCCUAUGUCUGGCCCAGUAGGUGUAAAAGCAUCACUGUCUAAAAUGCAGUGUUUUCCCAUCUCUGCCACUUCACCCUGAAACCAUGCCUGAGAACCAGAAGGUUCUCCUGUUUGGCCUUUGCCCUGGGUGGGUGGCCUGUUGUGAAGCCCAGAACCCUGCCAGAGGAGGGUAUGGAAUCUGCACACAAAUCCCAGGUAGCCCCAUGUGGGGGCAGAGUGCAGUCUGCUUGGGGUCCCUGCUUUGUGCCCCUUAAUCUACCUCUGCCAGAAGUAAGAAGUGAGGUCUUGUCCUUCCAUCUGCUGUCAGCUUUCCAGUGUGGCCCUAGGGGCAUCAGCAAGCCUGCUAACCUUGGCCUGAGGAUCCCAAGCUGCCUCUUCCCCUUCUCCCCAGAGAAGCUUUCAAGACCAUGUCAUUCCCCCAAGGGCACCUCCAAGCCACCACGGAGCCCCAUGGUGCGGAAGGACCCCAAAUACCCACUCCACUAGUCUGCAGGCCCAUGGGGCCACAGCUAGAAAUUGUGGGACCUGUGCAGAUUCACCUGGGUACCUCAGCCCAGCAAUCUCAGUCUCUCCAGUACUCCACAUGCUGCUUGCCAUGCCUUGUGUUUGCAGGGCUGUGGCUGGCCUGGUUGCCCUUCUCUCAUUAGGGUUCCACCAGCCCCAGGAAAGCCACUUCCAGGCCCUGCUGAGGAUACUGGGACCCUAAGCGGUCUAGGAGGAGGCUAAGCUGGUGUAGCAGGGCCACAGCCUGCAGGAUUGUGCUCCCUUGUCCUCCAACAAGAGCUAUAGGGGAAACGGCAGAUUCUGUCAGCUACAGUUGGGCCACCUGGUGUCUUUCAGACUGGCGCCGCCCUGCUUUCCCCACUUUUAAUGAGGAAAUCAGCACUGCUCCACAUUAGGGUGAAAAGAAGCAGGGUGGUCAGCUUGCUCACCUGACAGGCGGAGAAGCAAGGCCACAUCUCAGGCCACCUGCCCAACAGGGGCCAAGUCUGGCCCAGAGCAGGGUCUUCUGAGGCUGCCCAGUGGCUCUUAUCACUGUCACUUGGUCAAAAGAGCUUCCACUUGAGGAAGGCUAUGGAUUUGUUACUGCCUGCAGGCACGGACUGGCACCUGCUUUAGCUAGAUAUCACAAGUCCUGCCAGAUGGGAUAGCAUCAGCCUGGGAGGCAUUAUCCAUUUUUGUGGCUCUGUGGGAUUGUCCAGUGGCCUGUGGAGCACAGAGGCAGCCUCCUCAGAGGUCUCUUUUACUGCCCGUGGUUAUCAACUGGAGGUGGAUUCUGCCCACUAGAGGACACCGGGCCAUGCCUGCGGACAUCUGUGGUUGUCAUGAUGGCGUGCUCCUGCUGUGGGGUGGGUGGAGGCAGGGGCACUACUUAGCACUUGCAGUGCCCAGAAGAGCCCAUCCCAGAGAACGCUCCAGCCCCAAAGUCCAAGGGCCUAGGGGCAGAGACCCAGCCCUAACUCAUGAGAAGACCUAGUGCAAGUGAUGGUGGAUUGCCUACAAAGGCCAAGUCAUGACAUCAGAGAUGGCGGACAGAGGAGAGGGUGCAGGUAGCUGCCAACAUUUAACCUACAGGCAGGGACCAGAAACAGCCACUGGGGUUGGACAGGAUUGUGCCCAAAUAGCACAAACAGGUUUCUCUUUUAAAAAAAAAAAAAAAAAAGGAAAAAACAAAAUUCUAAGCACAAAACUCCAAGCUGCAUUUAUCUGAAUGCCUUGCCCCUAGCAUUUGCCUGACACUCUUGGCCAGGGGUGGGCAGGUCACAGGCAAGAAGGACUACAGUCAGGCCCAGGCCCUGGACACAGGCCCAGCAGCCUUGUCCAGAGCCCAAGCAGGUACCGUCAUGGGGUAGGAUGGGUCAGGGGCAGGCUGGAGAGUCAACUCAGGACUUGGGCUCAGGUCCCUGCCCAGGGAGCGGGCAGCCUCCCUCAGGAGCCCUCCAUGGAGGGUCUUAUCACAGAAACAGCUGGACAGAGUCAACCAGAUCACCCCCACCCCCUGAUCUGUAGACAAAGCAGAAAUGGCAAGGCAGCACCCAGGCCUCGCGACUGAAUCAACUAUAAUAACAGUGUGUCGGGCUUCC